GUUGCCCUGCCCACUGAUAAACUAUUCCCAAUGAAGUAAUAUCGCAACUUCUGCCAAGACGAACCCGCUCAAUUGUUUCUCUCUUUCAUAAACUACUCGAAAGCUCUACAUCCAGCUCGACAGCAAAUACCGACAUGAAUUUCUAACGUAAGAGGAACCGCCGGAACUUGCGCGGGCCUCACAGCGGUCGGUCAUAUGUGUCCAUGUUAAGUUGUUCGAUCUCACAACAAGUCACCGUGGCUCGCCACCAUGAGCGCCGCAGCGGACGCUAUCAUCCUCUCUUCGUCCCCAGAUCGCAUUCCCCCUGGUUCGCCAGUGCCGCCUGCUCAUGAUCCCGAGAGGCUGUUUGAUUUGUCCCCGCGAGAUCUAUCUCCGUCUCCUGUGCGAUCGCCUUCGGAGUUAUUCCAAGUUCCUACGCGUUCGAGAUUUUUUGAGGUUGGAAACCGGUCCGAUAAGUCCUUGCGGAAUAGAGAAAACGAAGCACCCGAGGAAACGCCGAUUAGAAAGACGACUACUGUAUCGAAAUCAGUAAAGGCUUCUACAGAGGACAAACCGAAGCGGGGCGGGAGGAAGCCCGCGACCGAGUCGCAGACGGUACCUGGUUUUUCGGAAUCUGCUGGCCUAGUGCAUGCGAACGCGUUGAAGAAAACUACCGGCUCAAAGAAGAAGCGCAUGGAUAAUGAGGGUAAGCGUGGGAGGCCUGUGAGUAAGAUCAUAACAGGGAGGGUCGCAAAGACGGGAAAUGCGCAGGCUUUGGAGCUUAAGGAGAAGGGUAUGGACGUGGAUAUGUCAACGCCGAAGAUUUCGUCGGAAAAGGAAUUUACCAAUGGACUGGUCGAGUGGGGUACUGAGGAUCUACAAUUGGAACCAGCUAUGAAGCGGAGAAUGGAUUGGACGCCAAUUAAGGAUACUACAACGCAAAGAGUCGAAUUGGGCGGGGAGUGGGUCUCACAAGAUAGCUCCAAAAAUUUUGGUAGCUUGCUGUCUGAAUAUGGGUUCAAUGACGAUCCUUCAGCUCGCGACGAGGUUAGAAGGUUUGGAGACGAGGGUCCAACAAAGCGCAGACGCAUAGAGCUCGUGGAUUCCAGGUUAUUUACUUCAUCGAAGCAGGCAUCGAUUGAUAUAGACGAUAAAAGCCCUACUGAAGAUGAACAGCAAAUACAGCCGGGACCCAAGAAGAAACCGAAAAGACAGACCAAUAAAUUUACAACACUUACAGCCCGUGUGACAGCACGGUAUCUCAAUACUGAAGGCUCAGUUUCAUCAAGCAAAGAAACCACGACUUCUGGGGAAAGUGCAGCGAGCGCAAAGUCAAAGGGCCCAAAAGGCAAAGGCAAAGGCACUUCAAAACAUCAGGAGCCCGAGUUCAUUGUUCUUUCGCCUGAAGCGGCCGUCAAGUCGUUAGAAGAGCAGGACCUUAUCUUUGGAACAUGCAGUCAAUUGGAGCGGGAAGGCUCUCCAACCACACUCAGGGAUCUACAAGCAGCUAUUACAGAAUCUGAAAAAUACCUUGUAACAGAGCCCUCUCCUUUGGGCUCAAGCCUAUGUGCAACGCCCACGUCACGCUUCGCCACUUCGAGAGGUCUGUGGUCAGUCGCAGCUAGGGAUCUAGAAGGAUCCUUAACUCGCCAGGUGGAAAUUGUGGAUUUGGUGGACACACCUGAGCCUGCUAAGACUAUGGCGUUGCCUAGCGAUCAUUCUGUUGAAAAGGAGUUGGCGGAUAUAGCCAUUACCACUAAUAGUAGACCGACUAGCAUACCUCGAGGCGAGCCCCCUGUUCUCAAAGUCAACCCGGUGGCGAGAAGAGAGCCAUCCGUAGCGCCUGAUACUACUACGAGGAAGACUACUAGUGAGCCUAAGAAGACCACCUCUCAAGUGCCCGAACCACAACCUGAAAAGCCCCAUUAUAGCGGCUUCACCGAUGCCGAAUUAUCAAAACAAGUUGCAGCAUACGGGUUCAAGGCGGUAAAGAACCGAAAGAAAAUGAUCGAUCUUCUCCAAAAAUGCUGGGAGUCUAAGCACGGUAGAAGCACGAUAGCGGACACUCGGCAAACUGCCCCUGCAGAACCAACGGCCGAGCUCACCACUUCCGAGCCAAAGAUAUUUGAAAAACAAGCACGCAAAACUACUACUUCGCGGAAGACGACCGCAAAGCCAAAGACAAAGCGUGAUUCGAAGGCACCUACAAAGUCAAGAACUAAGAAAACCCCAUCAACAACAUCAACCACCGCCAACAGCAAAGCACCAAGCGCUCGGGUGGAACCAAGUCAAGCCCUACCUACGCGGUCCUUCAUUAAUAUAGAGGAAAUAGAGGAUUCGGAAGAAGAAACCCAGCCCUCUCCCAGCCGACUGCAGAACCGAUAUACACUCCAACCCUCGGAAACCAGAAACCCCUUAACCGUCUCAAAAACACCAUCCAGCCCAUCCCGCCGCUCAGCUCCCAAGCCCCGUAUUAACCGGCCAGCAUCUAAAGCUAGCCCCGAAAACGACCAAAAACAACCAGACUUAGCCGACCAAAUCACUAAGGCCAUGCGUGCACAGCCAGCAGGAACCCCCAGCCAUCCCAGCUGGCACGAGAAGAUCCUCAUGUACGAUCCCAUCGUCCUGGAGGAUUUCGCCACGUGGUUGAAUACCGAGGGUCUAGGGCUCGUCGGCGAGGACCGGGAAGUCGGUGCCGGUUUCUUGAGGACUUGGUGUGAAAGUCAUGGGAUCUGUUGUUGCUAUCGGUAGCACUUUCACAAGCGGCGCCGGCCAUAUACUAUAUAUCUUAUUACUGCCGCCUUAUUUUGGCGUUCGCUCUUUUUGGGAGCAUUUACAUCACAUUGGAUACCAUUCUCCCAGCAUGCGGGAGCAAAGC